UGUAACACGCGUGAUAUAUGCGUGACAAAGUCGACUUCUCCUCGUAAAAAUCUGGCUUUGGUUAACUCCGCUCUCCCCUCCAUUACCAUACCACUGCGAACAAAGGUGCUGCCGAUUUAUCUGUUGAGCACGGAAUCGGCACUCGAUUCCUAGCGGAUGCAGCAAGUGGAACGAGCCACCGGAUUCUCCCACUCAUUCAGGAUGAUGCCCACCGACGCUCACCGGGCGGAUAUGAGGAAGCCCCGAGGCAGGCAGAGCUGUGACCUGUGCCGGAAAAUGAAGAUACGUUGCGAUAGGCAAGGUGACCACCCCUGCUCCAAUUGCAGACCUCGAGGCCUGGCCUGCGUUAUUACCCCGGUGACUCGAAGAACAAAGGAGAAAAGGGCACAAUUUCUUCAUUCAAUUGAAAGUCGCAUCGAAAGGAUGGAGGCUCUUCUCCAAUCAGGCCUAGCAGCUAAAGCCGGUAUUCCAGAUGCGCAGGACAUUUCAACACCUGCGCAGCAACCUUCUACGGCAACCCUUGAGAAAGACAUGGCAAAUCUCGUCAUAAACGCAGCGGGCGAGCAGAAAUAUAUUGGUCCGUCCUCUGGCCUCAGUCUGUUUUCGCCACGAGGGCUAGCAUGGAUGAGCCGAAAGCUUCACUCGAAUGAAAUGGCCAAUAUGUUUAGACAAUUCCAGCAAACCGGAGCCAUGUGGCCGUCAUUUAGAUUCGAUGGUAGAUGGGAUGGCCAACCGAGGAGAAGUGAUCUCCCGUCAAAAGAAGCCGCUGUAUAUCUUGUGGACCGCUACUUGAAAACCUUCAACAGUUUAUAUCCCCUCUUCCGCCGAGACGCCGUCUGGGAUCUUUUGGAACGGCAAUACGGCAACAAUCCACCACCAGCAGGGCCCGCCUUUGCUGCGUUGAAUGCGAUUCUUGCCAUCGGCUGUUGUCUGGCCACGGAUGCUGUGCGCGCAAACCUGCAAAGAGUCGACCCUUCCUGCACGGAAAGUCUGUACGAUAUGUCUUGGAAGUUCUUCCAAAACGCCUAUUCGAUGUUUUUCAGUAUUUUAUUUGUCCAGUUUGAUCUGCUAGCGGUACAAACAUUGGUCGCAAUGGCAUUUUUCCAGUCAUCAACGUUGAAUCCAGAGGGCGCAUUCCUGUUAAUAGGGGCUGCCGCACGGGUCGCCACUGCCUUAGGACUCCAUCGAAACCUCGAAGGCUUUGGGCUUCCGCAGUCCGAAAUUGACCAGCGACAGCGAGUGUUUUGGAUCAUGUAUGCUGUGGAAAAAGAUCUGUCAAUCCGGAUUGGUCGACCCUCGGCCAUUGACGAUUGUGACAUCGGCGUCAGCAUUCUGUCGCGACCAUGCGACGAGGAGAUUGCUAUAUCGGUCGGCUCCCGCGAGCGAGUCACCUUCCACCCAUUUCAAAGCAUGUGCGCUCUCGCAGUCAUUCAGGGAAGAGUCUACCGAGAAUUGUACGCUGCCAAUGCACGUGUCAGCACGACCGCCGAAAGACUUGAAUCGAUCAGUAAACUCGACGCCGAGCUUCAAGGCUGGAUGGAGCAGAUACCGUUGGAGGUCAGGCCGGAGCAUGCAAUUCGGUGUGACGCGGAGAGCCAGUUUCCGAUCGUUGUCCUUCACUUUGGUUACUAUCAUUGCUUGACAGGAAUUCACCGUGUGAAUGCACAUCAUGAGCUGUGGGCUGCUGCUGGAGACGCAGCAGCUGAAGACUCCCAAAAAGGCUCUCCAGAUUCCCCCUCGCUACCUGAUCACGCACACUCCACGGCACGUCCUGAAUCCUCAUACGAAUUAUGCUUGGCCGCGGCGAGGUCCAUCCUCUACCUCUCAUCAACGUACCUGGAUGGCAACGAUCCCAAUCACAAACUUCUGUGGCUCGCAACCUAUUUCCCUGUAUCAGCUUUUCUGGCUCUAUUCACGCACAUCCUGCAGUAUCCUUUGGAGGCCAAGGUCGACUCCGACCUGGGUCUCAUGGGUGUUGCCUACGAUUGUCUGACCAAGUUGGUUGGCUCUCUGGAGCCAUCACUGUUUCAGUUCAUGGGCGGGGUUCUCGGAGAAACUCUGAAAACUGCGCAGCAAUAUGUCAAUAAUUCGCGUGCCCGCUCUGUUUGGUCUACGCCUCAUCCCGCUAAUGUCGGGAAACCCACGUCAGCAGCAGAAUCUCGAGGCACUCCCUCUCACCAAGGUCAGCUUGCUUUCACUCAACAAUCUGUCUAUGCUCCGACAGCCACUAAUUCACCCGGUGAUAUGCUACCAUCCAAUCUUUUCAGCACCAACAUACUCCCCAUGGGGCCCAAUGUAGGCAACGGGAUGGAGUCUUUCGCCUACCCAUCGGCUUCCCAAAGCUCCCAUCAGCCCAAUUUCGACCCCGAGGAUUUCGUCACACAGUUUGCUUCAGACCCGAAUCAACUUGACAGUCAAGGCAUGAUGUCGAUGGACGACCCAUUCCUACUCUUGGAAUAUGGCGAUUGGGACUGGACUCACUGACGACAGGCAUUGAGAGCAUGAGUUCAAAGGAAACGGAUGGCAUCACAGCUUUCCAAAGACAUCCUUUACCCGUGGCCGACCAAAUUGGAUUGCUGCAAGUAUAGUCCGGCACAAGCACGCCUCAACCAGCAUCAACACUAUCUAGCUGAUAUCGAGGACGAAGGACGGGAAGUGCGAAUACACUCCACCCAUACCACAUCUUCGAGACCGGACGCCAUAGCCACCUGAGAUAUGCGGGUCACCAUGUGUUCGUGGUCACAUUCAAUUGGCUUUGCACCUGCCGACAACCCUGUUCGCCUCCUCGCAUGGGUUGGAGAAAAGAAGUACGACAAAGCUGCUUUCCCAGACAGGCUCAAUGAUUGGUGACUAGUAAGAAAAUGAAGGCGAGUGGACAUUACAAGAAUACUGAACGAUUGAUUGAAACCGUGCCUGAUGAAACACUUGCCUAGAUCCUAGAAUCCAGAUCAUUUCAUCAAGAUCAAUAGAUUGAGCCCCAUUCCUGACUGCGGAGUGCCAUUCCAUACAACGAAAGAUCUUUGACCCGAGCAUCCUAGGUGGGAGCAGCACUACCAAAGCAAUGAAGGUGAAUGUGAACUCACGCUCUGGGGAAACGUCCAGAGGACCUGACGCCCAAGCAACCGUGUGAUCCUCCACCAGAGCACUUCGAGCAUUCCAUGAGCACUACGGGAAGUAAAGCCUUGUCCAAAGACGCUGCUCUGUUGAUUCAGGCGCCGGCAAGUCCUUGCCUGUCAGCCAUCAAACGUCAACCACAAAGCACAUCUCCGUCCCAGCUCAAUUGCAACGACACCGACCACUCGACUCCUUCCAAUAUACGACGAAUAGAGCUGAAAUGUCCCUCCGAAGCUUCCACGUGCUUCAUCCACUCUCAGCGGACCUGCUCAACACUAGUAACAGUUAUCUGCGAGACUUUUUGGAAGUGCAAGUUCGCAAAGUCCGAGGACAAGGUGACUUGGGACGGCGGCGUAAGCAUUUGCUUUUCUGCCAAAGCGAUACUAGUACGCAUGGAUGGCCGUGUCCUGGUCCGUUUGAACAGGUCUAUGAAUCUAACCGAUCGACUCCUGCCUGCAUUUUUCCUAACGACGGGGCCAGUUGUGGUGAAUGGAUGAGCGUCCAUGAACGCCUGCGCAUGCGACUUAUAGUGGUCUCGUAGGUCGUCCUUAUCUGCGCGUUCUUGUGCACACCAUGACACAGCGCAUGUUGUCGCUUCGGGUGAAAGAGCGGGGUCUUGUGGCCGAUAAUGUGCCAAU